GAGAAGUGGAGACCAGACCAGACCAGACCAAUACUCACUCAAACAGCACUCUCCACUCCGACCGGUUGAUUUUUGAUCAGACAGUAAGCAUGCCGAUCAGAAACAUAGCCGUUGGCCGGCCCGAGGAGGCUACUCACCCAGAUGCUCUUAAGGCAGCUUUGGCUGAGUUCAUAUCAACCCUAAUCUUCGUCUUCGCUGGAUCAGGCUCGAGCAUGGCCUAUAACAAGUUGACCGACAACGGAGCAACCACCCCUGCCGGUCUCGUAGCCGCCUCCCUAGCUUACGGCUUCGCCCUUUUCGUUGCUGUCUCUGUUGCCGCCAACAUCUCCGGAGGCCACGUCAACCCAGCCGUCACCUUCGGUGCUUUUGUUGGCGGGAACAUCACUCUUUUACGUGGUAUCCUCUACUGGAUCGCCCAACUCCUUGGCUCAACCGUCGCUUGCCUGUUGCUUAAGUUCGCCACCAACGGCCUGACUACACCAGCUUUUGGGGUAUCCUCUGGAGUCGGGGUCUGGAACGCCUUCGUUUUCGAGAUCGUGAUGACAUUCGGAUUGGUCUACACAGUUUACGCCACAGCCGUUGAUCCUAAGAAGGGAAGUUUGGGAGUGAUCGCACCAUUGGCAAUUGGUUUAAUCGUGGGAGCCAAUAUCUUGGCAGGUGGGGCCUUCGAUGGAGCCUCAAUGAACCCAGCUGUUUCGUUUGGACCUGCCUUGGUUAGCUGGACCUGGAAGAACCACUGGGUCUACUGGGCUGGACCUCUUAUCGGCGGUGGGAUAGCUGGGCUCGUCUAUGAAUUUUUCUUCAUUAGCCACACCCAUGAGCAACUCCCCAGCACCGAUUAUUAAGUGGUUUAAUUAACCUUGUCACAUGAAAACGGAUUUUCUCCCGUGUACUUAAUUUGUUGAGUUUUCUAUUUUCUUCCCUUUUUUUCCCUUGUAUUUUGUGUUUAAUUUGUGGCCGUCGAUCUCGUUUUCUUUUCAUCAUUAUCAUCAUCAUGAUCAUCGUGGCAGAUGUUUGCAAUUGCAUGCCCUGGUAUUUGUGUGGCAAUAUUUAUGGAAACACAGGGCUGUAAAUGUGAAUUUGUGUUAGCUCUUCUCUAUUUCUAUGAUUGCCUUUCCUUUUUUUUA